CCUGCAAGUUGGUAAACGUGUUUUGCUGAGUUAGUAAGUAAUUAUAAUUGGUCGCUAUGGGUUUCAUCAGUUGGCUGAAGAGUCUUGGAUUUUGGACAAAAAUGCUCUUGGGCGUGCUCGCAGUCGGCGUUGUCGUUACAGUCAUCACAGUUCCAAUAACCGUAACCGCAAACAACCAGGAAGUUCCAGCUAAACCACCUUCUAACUCUUCCAGCACUUCCACCUCUACUACCACAUCGUCUUCAACCAGCACAGUAUCUAUUACAUCCACGUCAUCUCUCCCCAGCACAAUAUCUACUAAUGAAACACCUACUAGCACCACAGAAUCUUCAACCAGCACAGAAUCGACGGAAUCUACCACCAUAUCACCAACAACCCCAUCAUCUACAUCUCCAGAGUCUACAACAUGGUAGAUAGAUUACAACCGAAGAUAAUCGUCUUUGAUUCGCAAAUACAACAAAUAUCCAGC